GUUUGCUUAUCUGGGUCUGGUAGGAUUCAAGCCUGGAUUCAGUUUCAGUGCCUCUAUAGAGUUUGUGAUUCCAUGGAGGCCUACAAGACAUGGGUUCGGAGGAACAAGGACUACGUCCACUCCUUGGAGUCUCUUGCCAAUGGAUUAACAUGGCUUCUUCCUGAACGGUUUUCAACUUCAGAAAUAGGACCAGAAACAGUAACAACAGUUUUGGGAAUAAUCACUGCCAUUAACGAGCAUAUAAUUGAUACAGCCCCUACUAACAGGCAAACCGGCUCUGCUGACUCAUCUUCAUUCCCUUAUUCAUUGUGCAUAUCUGCUCUAAAGGACAUGGAAACUUUGGUUGAGGUUGUUGCUGAGGAGUACUAUGGUGAUAAGAAAUGGAAUUUCAUUGCCAUUACAGAAGCUACCAAGGUACUAGUGAGGUUAGCUUUGUUCCAGAACAGUGGUUAUAAGAUGCUUCUGCAUGGAGGGGAAACACCAAAUGUUGAAGAACAGUCAGAUUGUUCAAGUUCUCAGCACAGAUUUGGGGGAAGUCCUGGAGGCAAUAAUGGGCCUGGUUGGUUACAUAAUAAUCAUGGCAACAACCCAGGGAAUCUAGAAGGAAGGGCAUUGUCUGCUUUGAGCAGAUUUGGAGAACAUGCUAGGAUGGUUUCUAGCCCAUUAUGGAUGCAUGGGAUUCAACGUCAGCAUGCCAUCAUGGAGCCUUCAGCUCCAAAGAUUGAAAGGCCUACUCUGUCCAGGAUUUUGUCUGAGGAGGGUCUUAGAGGGGCUUUAUUUGUUACAGGAGAGGUCCUCUUUAUAAUGAGGCCACUUAUCUAUGUUUUGUUCAUUAGAAAAUAUGGAAUUCGAUCAUGGACUCCUUGGUUUCUUUCUCUGGCUGUUGAUUUUAUGGGAAUGGGCUUUCUAUUACAUGUCACACAAGCAGGGAAAGAUGAGAAAGGGCAACAGUUUCAUCUUUCUGCUGCUGAAAUAGAUGAGGUAAAAAGACGGAAAUUGUUGUGGGCACUUUAUGUCAUGAGAGAACCAUUUUUUACCAAGCAUACCAGCAAGCAUAUGCUGGUUAAAUAUUGCAGGCAAAAACUAGAAAGUGCUGAAACUACAUUGGAACCUGUCCCUCUAAUUGGGACUCUAGCAGCAAAAAUUGUGGAGCUUAUAAUUGGAGCUCAAUCACGAUACACUUACAUCUCAGGAUCAUAAACAAGGAAGCUGCAAUAAUCAUGCUUCUAGCAG